AUGUUAUUUGUUUUAUUCAUUUGUGCAGCAUUUGCUUUCCCAUAUACUGACCUUGAGUCACAAAUUAUUGCUAAACGUAUUACUGAAUUAGGAAAAAAAUUAACUAAAGCCGGUGAGGAAGUUAAAAAUCAUAAAGAAGAAAUUGAUGCCCUAAUGACUAAAAUCAGUAAAAAUGCCAUUGACUUUGCAUCAGCCAAUGACCAACUCACUCAACUUAACAAUCAAGUUGCUGAACUUAUUACUAAAAAAACUCUUGAAACUAAAGCACCAUCUGGAGAUAAACUUGUUGAUCUUGAUAGCCUUUAUGAAAACAAACAAAUUGCUAUUAAAAAAGCCGUGAAAAAAGCUUCUGCUGGAUUAAAAGCAACUAAGAACAUUAAGAAAACAGCCAAAUUAGUUGCUAAAGCUAAAAAAGAACAACAAAAAGCAAAUAAACUUGCUAAGAAGGGAGAUAAUAAAGCUGCUAAAAAAGCCGCAAAGAAAGCCAAAAAAUUAGUUGCUAAAGUUGAAAAGCAACAAAAGAAACAAGUUCAAAAAGCUGAAAUUAAAAAGGCAGAGAAAAAAGUUGCUAAAAUGGAAAAGAAGACUCAACAAAAAGCCACAAAAAAAGCAGAAAAAAUUGUUAAAAAACAACAAUUAAAACAACAAUCAACUAAAACAGAAAAUAAAUACAAACAAGCUCUUGGAAAGAAACCAGUAUCAGCUUCUCUUAAAAAAGAGGCUAAGGCUGCUGCUAAAGCUGCUUAUGAAACUGUUAUGAAAAAAUAUACUAAGAAAAUUGCUAAAAGUGCAAAUAAAACUAAGAAGGAUGGUAAAGACGCCGCUCAUUCAACCAAUGUAAUUAAAGAAGCUAAAGAGACUAAAGCUUUAUUUGAAACUGCUAAGGUUAAAGCUAAGGAAGCCGCUAAAGCAGCUUACAGAAAAACUAUGAAAAAAUCAGUUAAACAAGCUCCAUCAUGUAAUAAAACCAUUAUCAUAACCCCUGUUGAACUUGUUUUCCCAUUUAGUACUAACCCAAGAAUUAGAAACGCCCAAAUCCUUAUGAACCAAAAUUGGGCUAAACUUCUUAAACAAAAAUGGUCAUUGAACUAA